AUGGCAGCUGGUAGCAGCAAAGAUGAAACUAAAACUUUUCCUUCAGCUGCUACUCCUAAAACUAUGAAAAGAAAGAGAACAUAUAGAGUUGCUGCUCAACCUGAAACUGCAAACAUUGUUGAUAGUCAGCCUGACAAGGAUUCUUCACCAUUUCGAUUCACAUGGAGAAUUGACGGAUUUUCUUGGAUAAAUACAAUAAAGCUCUAUUCAGAUGUAUUUGAAGUUGGGGGUUACAAAUGGCGCGUACUAAUUUUCCCGAAAGGGAACAAUGUGAUGGACCAUUUGUCCGUGUAUUUGGAAAUUGCAAAUUCAGCUAAGUUGCUUAGUGGUUGGAGUAGUUAUGCAGAGUUUAGCUUGAUCGUAGUUAAUCAAAUCAAUAAUGAGUACACUGAGAGAAAAGACACGCAACACCAUUUCAAUGAACAAGAAAGUGAUUGGGGUUUCACGUCCUUCAUACCUCUCGAUAUAUUGAAUGAUCCUGGUGGAGGGUAUCUCGUGAAUGAUACUCUUGUAGUUGAAGUAACAUGCAAGGUGGAUGAGAAAGACACUGCUGAGCAUUUAAGGAAGAGGUUAAAGAAAAAACAUGGUGGAAAAAAGUACAAAAGUAAAGAAGAGGCAGAGAGUCACCUCUACUCUAUUAUAAAGGUGGCACGAGAUGAAGACCUUGCAGAACAGAUCGGAAAGGAUAUAUGUUUUGAUCUAGUAGACUAUGACAAAGUAAAGAGUUUUCACGUUCAAAAGCAGACAUCGUUUAAUGUUUUCAAGGAAGAGGUUGCUAAAGAGUUUGGCAUACCAGCUCAAUUCCAGCGCUUUUGGGUGGUGGCAAAGCGUCAUAACGAUACUCGUCGUCCAUUUCGGCCAUUGACGCAAAUCGAAGAAGCAGGACAUAUUGGACAAUUGAAAGUGGUAAACAAGGUUCACAAAUCUGAAUUAAAACUGUUUUUGGAAGUGGAGCGUGGACUGGAUUUACGUCCCAUUGCACCUCUCAACAAAGGAAAGGAUGAUAUAUUGCUUUUUUUCAAGUCAUAUGAUCCUGAAAAAGAGGAGCUACGUUAUGUUGGAAGGCUCUUUGUGAGUUGUACUGAUAAGCCAUCAGAAAUCGUAACAAAGUUAAAUAAAUGGGCGGGUUAUGAUCCUGAUGAAGAGAUUGAACUUUACGAGGAGAUUAUGUUUGAACCAAAUGUUAUGUGUGAGGCUAUUGACAAGAAAUUAACAUUUCAAGAAAGUGAGUUAGAAAAUGGUGAUAUUAUAUGCUUUCAGAAUGCUUCUGAAAUGGAUAACAAGAAACAUUUUCGCUAUCCUGACGUGCCUUCCUACUUGGAAUACAUGCGCAAUCGCCAGGUUCCUUUUUGUCCCUCAGCUCAAGAAACCAAAGAUGAAGAAUCAUUGGAGGAGCAAAACAUAAACAUUAUAGCGGAAGAAAUGGAUGUUGAUAAAAACACUGAAACUCAACCGUCAAAAGUGAACACAGAGACUACUCAUGAUGAAAGUUCCACCAAAGCCGACACUUCAAAAUUGGUUAGCAUAGACUUGGAAGAAGUUGAUGAUAUGAUAAACGAGGAUGUCAUUGCUGUCAUCGACAAAGUUUUAUCGGAAGGGAUUACCAUUUCAUUAAACUCUCAACAUUGUUUCCAAGAUCAAAAAGUCUCGAAACUGGAUGCCGAACUCCCUAAGCAACUUCUUCAAGAAUUGAGAGACAUUGCCUUUAAAGAAGACUUAAUUGAAAAACUUAAAGAAGGUUUCACUCCAAAUGUUAACUUAGUCAAAGAAAGGAUUGACGCUAAUGCGGAAAUGUUCUCAUCUUGGCAAUUAGAACAAGUUGGUGUUGUCGUUAACCUUCUCAAUGACAUUGUGAGAAUGUAUGACAAACAUGAGAAUUUAACAAAAGAGCUAGACUCGGCUAAGAAGAGCAAUGACAAAUAUAAGGAAGCAUUGAAGGAGGCAAGACAAAAAAUAUUAAACUCAAAGACUUCCUUCUCAAACCAACAAACACAACUUGACUCUCUUGAUGCUCAAAUUGCCGAUCUUAAAUCCAAACUUGAAAAACUACAAGGUGACAGAGUUAAAAUGGCUGAGAUUCAAGAUCAAGAGAAGGAUAAGAUCACGAUUUUCAACAAAGAAGUUAAAUCAAUUUUCCAUCAUCUCGCAAAUGAUCAAAUCAAGUUGAAAAGUAUGGAGCAUACAACCUCGGAGGUCCUAACUACAUUGAAAAGUCAGGAGAAGUUCUACAUAAGCUUGAGGGCAGUCCCUCCAUUUUGA